AUGGGGGUGGGCAAGACCAUCAUCUGCUUAGCACUGAUCUUGGCCACCCUCGAUGUCAUGUCGGAGCCCGAUUUGGAGCCAAUGGCAAGCACCAUAACCAGUCAGAUGGCACUUACUUUUCCUGAUCAUGAAUACCAAGGUGCGGAUCCGUCAGGUCUGCACUCACGACGUCUCGUGACAGCCGCCUUUGGAGCGCCUAGUCCAGGAGAGAGAAUGGGUCGUCAUCCCAAACCGCCACCCAUAUCCGACGAGCCACGGAUGGAGCCUACAGCGGAAACUAUAGCUUGUUCCCCUGUCUCCUUGGUAUCCAUCGCAGCUCACAAACUUCGAACAACACAUGCCUGCCGCCCUGCCUUGACCUGUACCCUCCCGCCGCAAAUUCAAGAGAUCCUAGAUGAGCGAUCUGCCCCCUUCUUCCAUUUAUGGCCUCCGCCGCCUGCUCGCGUAUCUCGGAUUAGUCAAAGUCGCUCGCCGCUUCGCGUGUACAUUACGUCGGCCACAUUGGUCCUUGUCCCUUUGACACUUCUCACGCAAUGGAUGAGUGAGAUUAAGAAGCAUUGUGAGCCAGGUGCUCUGCGUGUAUUCACGUUGUCUGAUAUGCAUACGCCCUUGCCUCCCGCCUCUGUCUUAGCACAAAACUACGAUAUAGUGCUUCUCUCGCAUGCACGAUUCGGACAUGAGGCAGGUGAUGAGCAAGGCAUGAAGUCAGACCUUGACAAGUCGCCUUUAAUGCAAGUGUAUUGGAAGCGUCUGAUCAUUGACGAAGGCAAUGUCCUGGCUGGUGAUUCGCUGGUGGUCCGUCUUUGCACUAGACUUCGUGUGGAGCGGCGUUGGAUCGUGACAGGUACGCCAACGUAUGCCUUGGUAGGUGCUAGCGCAUGCUAUGCUGCAGGGGAGGAUCUUGAUAACAAUACCGAAUCGCGUCAUGAACCCAAAUGGACGCCAUCAGAACGGAAAAACCUGGACCGCCUUAAGCAGCUGUUGGUACGCUUUUUGCGUAUUACGCCGUUUUGUGGAACACAUAGCAGCAUGGCCUCUGCUGCAAAGGCGUCUGGCCUCGCGCCUGCCAAGGAGCGAGAUUGGAACGCACUCAUGGCAUCAGAAUGGAAUGCUCAGGAGCAGGGUGAAUGGCCUGCUAAGCGCCGGCUGUUUGAUGUGCUGUCGCGCGUCAUGGUGCGCAAUCGUGCGGAGGAUGUGGAAAAAGAACGCCCUCUUCCCCCGCUGCAACGCCGUGUACAACGACUUACGCCCUCUGCCACGGAGCGUACGACAUACAAUGUUCUUCAAUCUUUGAUUCUACUCAACGCAGCUCUCACGCAAGAGAAGGACAAAGACUACUUCUUCCACCCCAACAACAAGAAGGCAUUAGCGACUGUGAUGGAAAACUUGGCCCUAGCAUGCUUCCACUUUGCUGGUCAAGGGCUUUAUGAACAGGCCCAAAGCGCCUAUGAGCAUAUUGAACAGCAGCUUAGCUUGCCCAAUGGCGUAGCUGCGCCUUACCGGUCCCAGGCCGAAGAAGCACACAAGCAGCUCCAACAGGCUCUUGCUCUGGAUACAUGGCGGCAACAUAUCCUUGAUCGUGACGUGAUGUACACACUUGAGCAUGUCCCCGAAACGGUUCUUCAUGCGUGGAGCGCUCAUAACCGUAUUACCCUCACCUCCGACGAACUUGUCCGCUUUCGUCAGGCUUGCAUCGCCACAACAGAAGAGUUCUCAGAUGCAGAUGAUGUGCGAGACGAGCUGAUCACCAAGGGCAUGCAAUUUCGUCACCGCCAUGCUAACAGAGCUCGUGGGGAUCCCAAGACGCCCAACCCUAGGAAGAAUACGCGGCUUCAUGAAGGGAGUCUACCCUUGGUACGUUCUUUCACGGCUGCUCGUUGGCCAACAGAGUGGGAUCCUGUCAUUGUCCAAUCCUCUUCCUCCACCAAACUGAAUGCCAUCCUCCUCGAGCUCCUUGAGGCAGUGCCCCAUGAAAAGGUCCUUGUAUUUUCUGUGCUGGACAAUGUGCUGUUUGAACUAGCCAGCGCUUUGGAUCUGCUACAAAUUCCCUAUCUACUCUAUGUCUCAGGCAUGCCCCAGCAUCUGCGGAAUACCUACGCAGAAGCCUUUACGCAAAAAUCCACGUACCGCUGCCUGCUUAUGACUACCACGGUUGGUGGUCGUGGCUUGGAUUUACACUGUGCAAGUCGUGUGAUCUUGGCAGAACCGGUCUGGCAGCAAGAUUUAGAAAGCCAGGCUGUUAAGCGAGCAUGGCGCAUGGGCCAAACACGGUCUGUGACUGUAACCACGUAUAUCAUGAAACACACGUUUGAAGAGCAACUGAUAACGCGCAAGCAAACGUAUGGGCAUGACGCGGCACUCGACCAGACCAAGAGCUUGACGGACGAUCCAGGUAUGCGGGACUUUGUAGCGCAUCCACACUUCAUCCCGGAGGACGAUCCACCUCCUGUGGUAUCAUGGAACGUACCGCUCUUCGCUCUGUCUGUGCAUCAGGCAUACGAGCAUGCUGGGCCGCCAGCGAAACGACCACGUACAGAGGAUACUAUUACGGGAUUGAGUACGAGGGAGGAGGCGCAAGAUGUGUGUGCAUCCAUGCCAACGAAGAGCGAGAGAGAUUAA